AUGCCCGGCGAAACAUUGACGGACGAUCCACAGCGCGAGCGUCUUGUCUAUACGUACACAUACACAUCAGACGGUGAUAAUGGUCAAGCACCACAAUCAAAUACAGUUAAAGUAACAACAACAGUUGAAGAAGAAACGACGCCAGACGGAACAAAAGUUGUACGUAAGAAAGAAGAAUCUCAACAAGUAUCCAAAGUAACAAAAAUACAAAAAAUCACACGUGUACAUCGACAUCUAGUCGAUCCCAUCACUGGCGAACUUAUUCGACAAGAUGAUCCGAGAUAUCAAGCAUUAAUAGCUGAAUACGGCGAACCAACACCCACUACAUGGUCAGAUGAGCAUGUCGUUUAUGAAGGUACUUCACUACCAGCAAAUGGAAUAGUUACGAGACAUGAAACAAACAAUAACUUCUCACCAAACUCGUCCUUUUCUCAACAGAAAACACAUUACCGAACAACUGAAGGACAAUCGCCUUCAUCUGUACGAUCGUCUCAACGAUCAGCAACAACGACACAUCAACAUCAACAUACACAUUAUGAACAACAGCCUAAUCGAUUUGACCGUAGCACAUAUGCGUCUGGUGGUGAUGUAAGUGAAGCUGGAUUAACAAUAAGAAAUGGAGCUCGACAUGAUAAUCGAAGCACUUAUUCAAAUGGACGACCAUCGGGACGAAUACCGCCACAACAGCAUACGAACGGAGGAGGACGAAAUGGUUAUAGUCAUGAAGUCCUUGAGCAGCGUUAUAGCAGUGCGCGUUAUAACGAGCCAGAAAAUAAUAAAAUAAAUAGUGACGAAAAAAUUAUCGAUUAUGAUCCAAAUGAUCCAAAUUUAGUUGAUGAGCCGUAUCUCGAUGUUGAGAAUCCUUACGAAGGCCUUGGUCCAGGCCGACCAGAUAGUAUCGGUCGAGCACUUAUGUCAACAGCUGGAAGACAAUCGCCUGAUAGCAUCGGACAAGCACCUCCCGGCUAUGGUGAAGAUUACGGUACAUUGAGUCGUAUGUAUACGUCAUAUGGUAUACAUGAAGAUGAGUAUCAUCGUGGUCGACGAUCGCCUUCAAUCGAUACAGAAUUUCGAGAACAACGUUGGCGUGAUCCUGAUCUGCAAGAAGUAAUCGAAUAUCUUAGUCACACAAGUGAUGUCAUUAAAGAGAAUGCGGCGGCGUAUUUGCAACAUUUAUGUUAUAAUGAUGACAAUAUCAAAUCAAAAACCAGAUCUCUCAAUGGAAUUGCUUAUCUAGUUGCAUUACUUCAACAUGAGAAACCCGAAAUCCAGAAGAACGCUUGCGGUGCUUUGAGAAAUUUAUGUUACGGAAAGCGAAAUGAUGAAAAUAAGAUCGAAUUAAAGAAUCGAAAUGGUAUACCCGCAUUGAUUCAUCUCCUACGUCGAACACCCUAUGAAGAUGUUCGAGAAUCAGUGACAGCCGUUCUUUGGAAUGCAUCCUCUUCACCUCAAUUGAAAGGACAAAUCCUCGAUGAAGGACUCAACGUGCUUGUAAAAAACAUUAUUAUUCCCUUUUCUGGUUGGGAUCCGGAUAUUAACCGUCGUUUGAAUCCUCAGGGAAAAUUUCCAGCUGUUUUCAAAAAUGCAACAGGAAUACUCCGAAAUUGUUCAUCUGCUGAACACGAUGGUCGUCGUAAGAUGCGCGAAUGCGAAGGCUUCAUUCCAUCUCUUCUACAUGCUGUGAAUUCCAGUCUUCAGUCUCUAAAUGAAAUUAAUAAUAAAUCGAUUGAAAACUGUAUGUGUAUAUUACGUAACCUAUCGUACAAAUUGCAAGAAGUGGUUGAUCCGGAUUAUGAUCGUAACUAUCCAGCUAUGGCUGCAGCAGCAUCGACUUGGAGUAUGACACCAUCACAAUAUAAUGAACAUGAAAAGACCAAAGUCGGUUGUAUGGGUUCAAAACAGAAGAAAAGUAAACAAAUUUAUGAACAAACGGGAACUUAUAAUAAUAAUACGAUUCAUGCUAUCAUGGCGCCACGCGAAGGUCGACCUGUUGAAAUGCUUUGGCAGCCAGAUGUUGUAGGAACUUAUGUGCAUCUCUUACGACACAGUAGUAAUCCUGAUACACUUGAAGCAACAGCUGGGUGUAUUCAAAAUUUAACUGCUUGUUAUUGGAAACCGUCAGUAGAUAUACGUGCUGAAGUUCGAAAAGCUCGUGGCCUAUCAGAAUUAGUCGAUUUACUACGCGUUGACGAAUGUGAUGGUGUUGUGAAUGCGUCGGCAAUUGCUUUGAGAAACUUAGCAAUUGAUCAAAAGAAUCGUGAUGUACUCGGUGGUUGGGCUAUUAAAGAACUCGUCGCUGUCUUACCCGAUCCAUCCGAACAUGGAACCGGUCGUCGACGUCACUCCGACGAAACAUUAACAUCCGUUCUUGCUGCACUCAAUGAAAUUAUUCGUGCAAAUGAUACGAAUGCACGUAUUCUCUUCGAGGAAGGUGGCGUGAAAAAAAUGAUUGGUAUUAUGAAUGCGAAAGGACAUGUUUAUAAUUCCAAAGUUGUUAAAUAUACCGCUCAUGUACUUAAUACCAUGUAUAAGCACCGUUCAUUGCACGAAUUGUAUAAACAGCAUGGCUAUAAAGAGUCUGAUUUCAUUCACCAUCGAUUAUUGAAUUCGAAAUCAUUAACAUCAAGUCCACAAUCGACGUUACAUCGACCCAGAGGCGAUAUGGGACAACCGACACAUAGUGCAUCGAAAGGCAAACAAAUCACUCGACCACAGAGAGGAGACGAAUAUCGUAUGCAGAAAUUAAAUCAAAGCAUGGAUAAUCUACAAAGACCAUAUGGAAAUGGAACAAUGUCCAGUCAUGGCGAUCCACAUUCCGAUCUAUAUGCAACUGUUCACAAGAAUCGAUCACAACAAAUUCAGCCAGCCACAUGGGAUCAGCUUGGCCAAGCCUCCACUUCACCUGAUUCUUGGGUAUAG